UAUGUGGAACAGUGUACAGUGAAGCGGAGGCAGAGCGGCUCCGCGAGCUCCUCUCCACUUUCCCAUAGAGGAACCCUGACUGGCCGCGGAGGGCGAGCCACACACACGCCCUCGCGCCCGGCGAGCCCGCUAGGUCACUAUCAUAUGACAAAGGCUUUGCCGCAGUUCGUCUUCCUCCCUGUGUACUUUCAAUUUGCCUUCCUGACACUUGAAAAAUGUGCCACUCCUUCUGGUCUCCAUGGUUUCUGAUGAGAAAUCCACUGUCAUUACCUGUAUAGAAUCCUGCUGCAUCACAGAAGCUGGAAGUGCUGAUGUUCCAUUGAAAUCACAAUGGAAAGUCUUGACUUAACUGGUCACAGUAAUGAAAGGCAGUAAUAGGAAUACAGAUCACUCAGCAGAAGGAGAAGGGGCUGGAAAGAGACCAAAGAGGAAGUGUCUUCAGUGGCAUCCAUUGCUGGCCAAGAAGCUUCUUGACUUUUCAGAGGAGGAGGAAGAGGAAGACGAAGAGGAAGAUAUUGAUAAAGUUCAACUUCUUGGGGCCGAUGGCCUAGAACAAGAUGUUGGCGAGACUGAAGAUGAUGAAUCACCAGAACAGCGAGCUCGGAGACCAAUGAAUGCAUUUCUUUUAUUUUGUAAACGACAUCGCUCUCUUGUACGUCAGGAACACCCUAGGCUCGAUAACCGAGGUGCUACAAAGAUACUAGCUGAUUGGUGGGCUGUUCUCGAUCCAAAGGAAAAACAGAAAUACACAGACAUGGCCAAGGAGUAUAAAGAUGCAUUUAUGAAAGCAAAUCCUGGCUACAAAUGGUGUCCUACCACAAACAAGCCUGUGAAGUCUCCAACACCCACUGUCAAUCCACGAAAAAAACUCUGGGCCUUCCCAUCUGACUCGUCAAGAGAUUUGCCAAGCCCCAAGAAAGCCAAGACUGAAGAAAUGCCUCAGCUUAACUUUGGAAUGGCCGAUCCUACUCAAAUGGGAGGCCUGAGCAUGCUGCUGUUAGCUGGAGAACAUGCUCUUGGCACACCAGAGAUAACUUCUGGGACUGGCAGGCCUGAUAUUUCAGAGUCCCCUGAAUUGCGUCAGAAGUCACCAUUGUUUCAGUUUGCUGAGAUAUCUUCAAGUACAUCCCAUCCUGAUGCUCCUACAAAACAGUGUCAAACAUCAGCCUUGUUUCAGUUUGCAGAGAUUUCUUCAAACACUUCACAACUGGGUGGUGCUGAGCCUGUAAAACGCUGUGGAAAGUCUGCACUUUUUCAACUGGCAGAGAUGUGCCUGGCAUCAGAAGGAGUGAAAAUGGAAGAAUCGAAGCUAAUGAAAGCAAAAGAAUCGGAUGGUGGAAGAAUUAAAGACUUGGAGAAGGGAAAGGAAGAAAGAGAAAUAAAAAUGGAGAAAACGGAUGAAGCCAGGUUACCGAAGGAAGCAGAAUUUGAAAAGUCAUCUAAAGAAAAUGUAAGGGAUUCUAAAGAAUUAAGAAAUUUUGAGGAGUUACAAAUGGGUGAUGUAAUGGCUAUAAAAAUGGAAGACCCCAAAGAAAUUAGAAAGGAAGAAUUAGAUGAAGAUAAAAAAUGUAGUCACUUCCCUGAUUUUUCUUAUUCUGCCAGUAGCAAGAUAAUAAUCAGUGAUGUUCCCAGUAGAAAGGAUCACAUGUGCCGUCCCCAUGGAAUCAUGAUCAUCGAGGACCCCACAGCAUUAAACAAACCAGAAAAACUAAAAAAGAAAAAGAAGAAAAGCAAAAUGGAUCGACAUGGAAAUGAUAAAUCCACACCCAAGAAGACCUGCAAAAAGAGACAGUCUUCAGAGUCUGACAUUGAGAGCGUCAUAUACACCAUUGAAGCUGUUGCAAAAGGAGACUGGGGCAUUGAGAAACUUGGAGAGGCCCCGCGCAAAAAAGUCCGCACGUCAAGUGGCAAGGGAAGCAUUUUGGAUGCCAAGCCCCAAAAGAAAAAAGUGAAAUCAAGAGAGAAGAAAAUGUCCAAGGAGAAAGCCUUGGACACCACCAAAGAGUCGAGACCUCCGGAUUUCAUUAGUCUUUCUGCCAGCAAGAGCAUUUCUGGUGAGGCACCAGAGGGAAUCAAAGCGGAACCACUGACCCCUACGGAGGAUGCACUACCACCCAGCCUAUCCACACAGGCCAAACCUGAGGACAGUGACUGUCACAGAAAAAUAGAGACUUGUGGCUCCAGGAAAUCCGAGAGGUCUUGCAAAGGUGCUCUGUAUAAAACCCUGGUGUCGGAGGGCAUGCUCACCUCUCUGCGAGCUAAUGUGGACAGAGGAAAACGAAGCUCAGGAAAAGGAAACUCCUCUGAUCACGAAGGGUGUUGGAAUGAAGAAAGCUGGACAUUUAACCAGAGUGGAACCAGUGGGAGCAAGAAGUUCAAGAAAACAAAGCCAAGGGAGGACUCUUUCCUUAGUUCAUCGAAGCUGGAUGAAGAGUUUGAAAAAAAAUUCAACAGCCUCCCUCAAUAUAGUCCUGUUUCAUUUGACCGGAAAUGUGUACCUGUCCCAAGAAAAAAGAAGAAGACUGGGAACAUGUCCUCAGAGUCCACGAAAACCAGCAAAGGUCCUUUCCAGUCUCAGAAAAAGAACUUAUUCCACAAAAUUGUCAGCAAAUAUAAGCACAAAAAGGAGAAGCCUAAUGUUCCGGAAAAAGGAAGUGGGGAUAAAUGGUCAAGCAAGCAACUCUUCUUGGAUGCCAUUCACCCUACAGAAGCCAUAUUUUCAGAAGACAAAAACACCACAGAGCCUGCUCAUAAGGUUAAAAACACCCUAUCCCUUCCCAACACUCCAGAGCCAACAACAAUGCAAGAACCAUUGGUGGGCAGCCAAAAGAGAAAAGCAAGGAAAACCAAGAUCACACACCUUGUCAGGACAGCAGAUGGCCGGGUAUCACCAGCAGGAGGUACUCUGGAUGACAAACCAAAGGAGCAACUGCAGAGGAGUCUCCCUAAAGCAGCCGAGGCAGACUGCAAUGAUGAAUGCCCACACAACACUGAGGUCCAGGAGACUCGGAGCAGUACUCCAGAAAUGCCUGCCGUGUCUGCGUUCUUUAGCCUCGCUGCGCUGGCUGAAGUGGCAGCCAUGGAAAAUGUGCACAGAGGUCAGAGAUCAACUCCGCUCACCCAUGAUGGACAGCCAAAAGAAAUGCCACAGGCUCCUGUACUUAUUUCUUGCGCUGACCAGUGAAGCGCCCUUUAAUUGUAAAACAUUGUGCUUUACCUACUACCCUAGCCUUGUCUUUACCAAGGGAUGCUAGUGAGUCCAUGUGGUGGAAAAUACAGACUGCAAACAAGUGGUUUUAUGCCCUACAUGGUGGCCCAGAUUCACUUGAAGCAGAAUUUAGCAUCCUGGGCCAGUUUGUUCUUUCAGAACCCAGAAUCUUCGAGGGCGAUGUUAUCUGUUGAUAUUGAGCAGAAGCAGAAGGAGCCUGGAGCUUUGCUUUCUAUUGAAGGCUUUUGACGGUAACAGGUGGUAACUUGGUAAAAGGCUGCCUUUACUGUAGUUCAUCCAGCAUCUCUUUUACCAACCAGAGAGUGUGAAACUAGUUUCAUAUAUUACCUAGUUAUUCUUUCAAAACAAAACAAAAAACAAAAAAAAAACAAAAACAAAAACUGACGCACUGCACUAGUUAUUAUUAGAUAUUCUUAGUCUUUUUUGUACAUGGAGAUUUAAGUUCUAAGAUGGUUUAUAUAAUAGGUUAUACCUACAUUUAUACUGUAGAAUAAAUAUUAAAAAGCCUGUUCCAGAGACUCCCAAGCAACACGGGCAGGCAGAUGUACCAUUGUUAGCGGUGUAUGCUCGGCCUCGUGGUCCAUAUAUUCUGCACUUUUAUAUUUGCCACCAGAGCAGUAGUUUGCUGGCAAAAAAAGAAAAAGAAAAAAAUUGCAAUUCUUACAAUCUGAAUUUUUUUCUUAGCCUUGAAUGACCAAGAAGAAUUUGCUUGGGGCAAAUUGUGGCAAAUAUUUUCCCAGACAGGGGAAGAGUCCUGCAGAUUACAGAAUAUUAAUGUUUUCAUGCCUUGAGGAUUCUUUUAUUUUUACACAGGGGUCUCAGUGACCAUGGAUCGUUCAUACAAACAAAAAAAAAAAAGACAAAAAUAUUAU